CGCACAAAACAGAAGAGCCCACGCCGCUCCCUCGUCUCCCCGAGGCCCAAAUUCGUUCCUCCCCAACCCAAUCCAGCCGCCGCCGGCGGCGCCUCCUCUCCCCCACCCACCGGUGACCUCCAUCCCUCCCUCCUCAGCUCUCCCUCUGUUCCAACCAUGGAUGGGGAUGGGGCCCUAGCGCAUAUCUUCCCCAGUUCCACCCACCCCAUGGAUGGGAUGGGGAUGGGGAUGGGGCGCAUCGAUCUGUUCCGGCGACGACGGCGCCGGAUCCGCACCCAACUACGGCGCGUGCUGCACCAGGAACACGAGCCAGUGACCCUUCUCUCUGCGGGGCGUGGCAGAUGGGGGAGUUCGCCCCUUGACGACGGCGAGGUAGGAGACCUUGGACUCCCCAGCCGACGGCGAGAUCCGAUCUGCUCUAUCUGCGCCAACAUCCAUGACCACGGGAACGGCAAGGAGACAACCGCUGCUGCACAAGAUGGGGUGGAAGGCGGACCGGCCCAAGGAAAAAACCUGGAGUUCAUCAGGCUGGCUGAAGUUGUGAGGCUGGGAGGCUGAUGGUGCUGCUACUGGCUGAUCCUUCUUUCAGUUUUUGUUCGUCAUUUAUCAAGCCGUUGGACCAGGGCUACUUCCCUAUGUGCUGUUAAUGUAUUAAGUAGUUCCUUCGAAUUUGUAGUAUUAGUUAGUUUGAAUGUGGAAGUACCUUAAUUUUUGGAACGAAAUUUUGCUAUGUAGGACCAAGGGUUUCAUACCUUAAUCUUUGGAUAAUUAAUUAUGUGAACUGUUAGA